ACCAUUUACGCGUCUCUCUCGAUCAGAUCAGAUCAGAUCUUCUUCGAACGCAACGAUUUUAUAAUUCCUUUCAUCUUUCUCAUUCUAAUAAUUCAAUUCAAUUCAAUUGAUAAAUAAAGAAUGGCUUUGAAUGGGGCAGCUCCACCAAGAGGAAGUGCAGCGGCAGCUGCAGCUAACUUGAGAAGGAGAAGGACGAGUGGAACCGGAGGGGCAACAGGUGGAACCGCUGGGAACAUGCUCCAGUUCUACACUGAUGAUGCACCUGGAUUGAAGAUCUCGCCAAAUGUUGUUCUUGUGAUGAGCAUCGGCUUCAUUGCUUUUGUUGCUGUACUUCAUGUCGUGGGUAAGCUUUACUUGGUCCGUAAAGAGUAAAGCGAGUAUUAUGUUGUUGAAAGAUGAAAUCAGUGACUAGGUUUGGUUUACUUGGUCUAGUUUAACUUUGUGCUUGUCAAGUGGGAACAGAUUUUGUAUCUUUUUGUUUUUAAACCGUUCAGAUAAUAUACUAUGAUAUUUCUUUCAAAAA